UUUUUAAAAUUGACUUUUCAGAAUGCCUUUUUCCCGCACAGACUUGUGCGCCUGAAUGCAUCACCCAAGUGAAUUCUGGGAAGGAGAAAAAUAUGGCGGGAUGUUCAACAACGCCCAAUUACAGCUGGCUGAACUCUUUGCUAACCGUUCCAUUUUGGACAUGAAAUCGGAUGUAAACAACUGAGUGGAGAUCACCGAGCUUUUCCACUCUUUGUCCGUCGGCAAACAUGGCUGAAGGGCGGGAAAGUUUCGAGUCUCCGGCCGGUGUAGGGGCCUCACCGUCGACACCACAAGCAACCAAACCAGCGAGAGCAAACCGCCUGAGCCGAAGCUUCAGGCUGACACAGGCGGCCACCGAGGACAUGGACCGCACUCGGAACCAGGUCCCAGGUCAGCAGCCGAACUCCGACUCAAUUUCACAAUUUAACUUGGAACAUUUUAAUUCUCGAAGUUGCGAUGAGUUUAAGACCCCCACUAGGAUCCCCAGAUCCAAACCAGCUGCUGGUUCCUGUGGAGAGUCUCCUCAGGACUCGGAUGUCUCCCACGACAUCAUCUGGGAUGCCACUUCCCCUCCCUGCAGAUUCGGUAAAAGAGGGAAAAAGCACCCCGUUGGAAUGGUGAACAUCUCUGAGAUUGUCAGCAGGAUUGCUCCGACGCAUGGCAGGCCACAGGUGGCAGAACCGACCCUACAGCAGUGGAUCGGAGACAGCGCCGCCAUACCCUGCACUCCAGACCUUCAGGCACACAGACCCAAGAGGAAAUCUCCGAGAUCGAAUGGAGUAGACGACUUGCUGAGACUUGCCAAACAGUUUGACCUGAACCUGUUUCAUCGUGAUGAAGAGGAGAACGUGGACCCCCUGGAGCUCCGGGCUGAAGACGUCCUGGACCGUUCUGGCUGUUUACCCUCACUUCCUGGGAUUGGUGGGCCGGCUGUGACUGGAACAUCCAUGCUGCUGGAGCAGGAUCUGCUUCCGGACGAGGACCUGGACCUGUUCCUUGUGCCGACUCAGCAGGCCAGUGGAAUCUGGAAUCGGACUCCAUCUCAGAGCAGAUCCAUUUCAGCUGCUCCCACAAAGGAUUCUGGGAAAAUGUCUGGUUCCACUUCAGCGGUUGAUGUGACCGGAACCAGACCCACAGUCCAGGAUGACUGGGACGACGACGACUUGUUGAACGAUUCACUGGUGGUGGAGAUGACGCAGAACCCAUUGGCCUUCAUUGUCCCAAAGUUCUGCUCAACCCAGAACCCAGAACCCCUGGUGACUCAGAGGCAAACAGCAGCUCCCAUUAGUGCUGCAAGCUCCGGAUCUUCUGUCAGGGUCCAAAUGGACCCGAGGAUGGACUGGCAGGUGGACCUUCAGCUGACCGGAUUUUCCACUCAGACCGGACUGCACAGAAUCGAGAGAUCCUGUCCGUCAGAUGUUGUGAAACCAGAACCACAGCAGAUUGGUCCAAAGGGUUCUGAAAGAAGUUCAUCAUAUGCUCAGAUCGGUUCCAUCAAGCCAGAUGGAACCGAUCUGACGGAAGAUGACCUGGAGACUUUGUUCUCGUUGGACCCAGUCUGGGACGACCCAGCUGACGACGACCUGCUGUGUGAAAUGUGUGAGGACCUGGAGAACCAGCUCCAGAAACUCGAUACCAAACCUAUUCCUGUUCAGUCCAAUCAAAGAGCAGUUCUGCAGCAGACCUACAGAACAUGUGAGAACCGGAUCCAAACAGACGUUGGUGGCCCCUUGGAUCGCCCAGUAACCACGGCAACAGGAAAAGGCCCAGAACUGAGAUCAGUGAAAUGCUCAGCGGCUGAGAUCGAGCUGAAAAAGCAGCAGGCGAUGAAGAGGAGACGGCAGCGACUGCAGGCGAUGCAGAACUGACCCGAGAUCGCCUUUGUGAAGCUGCUGCUGAUUGGUUAAGGAGUUUUUGUGGGUUUUAAAUAGUUUUCUGCCAAGUCAUUGUCUACAGUAGCCUGGAAGGAUCAAACCGACAGAACGGACCAUAGGACAUGUGAGAUUAAACUCCCUCUAUGGAAAACCAAAAGUGGUCAAAUAUGAUUUUUAGUAAAACGUUUAUAUUUUUAAAUCAGCUGGUUUUUGAUCUAAGAUGAAAGAAUUAAUCCUCUGAAGUAACCCAGAGGGAUUCUGGUGGUUUUGGUCUGGUUCUUCAGACUGCUGGCUUUUAAAGCCAAUCCAGAUGUUUGGUGUAGGAGGAGGUUUAAUCGACCCAAGUCCAGGAUUUCAGACGGGUCUUUAAACGCAUCAUUAUAGAUCCAGGCUUUUAUAAACCCUUAACCCACAAACUAAUACAGUGUUCUGGUUCUGUUUAAUGUGGCUCCGCCCACUUCCUCCCAGCUGUUUGUUUUUCUGAACCGGGUCAAAACAAAACGGGUUUUCACUGAUUUGAUCAAAUAAAUAAAAUUUGUUUAAUAAAC